GUGCGGCAGUACUGCGUUCCGGAGGCAGGGAGCCCUCUUUUCUGCGGGUGCACGAAGGACGAUCCCGGGACCGGGGAUCUCCAUAUAAAGUUGCAGUUGUUGAGGGGGAAAAACUGUGUUUGAACUCAAGGAGCUGUGUACCAUGUCUUCUACACUGGGGUACGAAAGUGCCCUUUCUCAAUUGUUAUCAACUACCAGAAGUUAUCCUUUAGCAACAUACUGAAAGCCACAUUUCCCAUGCCAGGCUUUUACAAACUGCGGCUGUCAAGGGCCAGGGGGGUUCAACUCUUAUUCGGCUAUGAAGCCUACUAAGGCCAGACACAUCUGAACCUCCGAUUUUCAGAGAGUUAUUAUAAAACUGGUCGAGGAAGUCAUCUCAGCUCCUUGGAAAAACGGAUUAAACAUGAGAUACCGGUAUAUAUUAUUUAAUACAUUGCUUAAAUGCCAUAAACAUCAAUUUCGAUCGUCAAUCUUGGAAACAGUUUAGAAAAAGAAGAAAUCUAAAAGAUUCCUAUCAUUGCUCGCAACUUAACAAUCAUUUUCUGUCAGUCUUGCAAGCAUCAAUGUAGUAUUAUCUAUAUUUCGCAAGCCGAGGGCCUUCGCCGUGGCAUGGAGUUCUUCCUUCGCCUUCGGAUCUAGAGGGUUCGCGCGUGUCUUCCACAAAGAUGGGUGUGGUUCCUCCUCCUUCCAGGCGCAUUCGUGGAAGAUAGAAAUAUAGACGCGUGCGCACAUCUAGACAUUAUUCCUCGGUGUAAGAUCAUCAUAAUACUCUCGUUUCCCCUCUAAUAGCUAUUUAGUAGGAUUCUCAAAAGGGACGGGAUGGCGGCGGCAUCUAAGAUGAACACAGUUUCCAAGCGAACACAAGGAAACAAGGCUCUGGCGAUGAUCUUGCGACGAGGUUGCAGACGUGAUAGCUCCAAACUAAGCAACCGCCCUUCUCUUUCCUCCUCCUCCCACCUCCGUCUUCCAGCUUGAUGACUUCCAGACAGAGGCGCCUUUACUUUCCACACCGGGACGGAGCGCUUCCCGACACCUUCUCUUCGCCCAGCGCUCCUUUCCCCAGCACAGCCCCGCUCACCAGAUGCUCGCCGGGAGAAGGAAGAGGACAGGCGCCGCGCGACUCAACUGCCCUCCCUCCCCCUCUGCAGCUGCUCCGAGUCCCGGGCAGCGGCAGCGGCAGCGCGCUUAGCAAAACCGGCGCUUAAGCACAGCCUCCAGCGGCCGCCUGGGCACAGCCCUCUCGCUCCUUCGCCCCGGGAGGCACUCAGCAACCUCGCUCGCUACGUCCCACCUUCUGGUCCCUGCCAUUGGACGGCAGAAGAACCUGCGUAGUUGCCGUUGGCUACUAGACACGUCGCUCCGCGUAGGGAGGGGAAAGAACGCAAAAGGCGCUUGGACGCCACUGGGCAGGAGGAGGCUGAAUCUUUCUCCCCGCUUGAGCACCUCGGAUGGGCUGCUUGUCUUCUUUCACGGUUCAGGUCAACAGCUGAGGGAAGCGACGGCAAAGCGGUGGACUCGGUUAAAGGCUUGGCGGAAGUCCCAGCUGGAGGAGGCGAGGCGAAAGAGGGCGAAGCGAGAACUUUGUUGGGCGGGUGAGGCUGCUGGCUUCUCCGGGAGACGCUUUGAGCGGCUGCAGGAGGUUGAGUUAGACGGCGCCUCGCCCGGGUCUCUCGGGAGCGGGUCGCCUGCGUAGCUCUCGCUUUCCGGGAGGAGGCGACAAGAGCGAUAGCAGCUGCCGAGAGCUCCUCGAGUGCCGCCGGACGCGCCGGAGACUAGCUGAGCACGACCUGGGAUCCAUCCCUUCUCGCCCGAGGCAGGCGAUGCUUCCAGGGGACGCUCGACGAAGCUUCGGAGAAGAGCAGCCGCGGUACUGAGCAAAAGGAGGCGAACGCCCCGCCUAGCGCUGCUCUCUUCCUCGCAGUCCUUACUGCCGAAGAUGGUGCCCGCCCCGGGAUUACUUUAAAGCCUUCUCUUCGGCCCCUCUUUUGUGGAGGUGAGCUGGAGGGACCGACGCCAGCUACUCCGAGAACCGGCAGGCUCUGGCGUGGGACGCGUUGCUUAGUGCCGCGCCUAACCGAGCCGAUCUCCCUUCUCUGGGAAGACGGUAAUCCUGUAACCCCAACUCCGGAAUCUUCUCUAGCCGUGUAAAACGGGAAAAAAACCGUCCGGAUAAUGUCCUCCUCAAGCAGAUUCAAAAAGGACAAAGAGAUUGUAGCCGAGUACGAAAGUCAAGUGAAAGAAAUUCGAGCUCAGCUAAUAGAACAACAAAAAUGCCUGGAGCAGCAAACAGAGAUGAGAGUGCAGCUUCUUCAAGACUUGCAAGACUUCUUUCGUAAAAAGGCAGAAAUAGAAACAGAAUAUUCACGCAGUCUUGAAAAGUUAGCUGAAAGAUUCAUGGCAAAAACAAGAAGUACUAAAGAUCAUCAACAGUACAAGAAAGACCAGAAUCUUCUAUCUCCAGUAAACUGUUGGUAUUUACUACUCAACCAAGUAAGAAGAGAAAGCAAAGACCAUGCGACACUGAGUGAUAUCUACCUGAACAAUGUCAUCAUGCGUUUUAUGCAGAUAAGUGAAGAUUCCACCAGAGUGUUCAAGAAGAGCAAAGAAAUUGCAUUCCAGCUUCAGGAGGAUUUAAUGAGGGUUCUUAAUGAGCUUUACACGGUUAUGAAAACAUACCAUAUGUAUCAUACCGAGAGCAUCAGUGCAGAAAGUAAAUUGAAAGAGGCUGAAAAGCAAGAAGAAAAACAAAUUGGCAGAUCAGGAGAUCCUGUUUUUCACAUUCGAUUGGAGGAAAGACACCAAAGAAGGAGUUCAGUGAAGAAAAUUGAAAAAAUGAAAGAAAAACGUCAAGCAAAAUACUCUGAAAACAAACUGAAAUCUAUUAAAGCCAGAAAUGAAUAUCUGCUAACCCUUGAAGCAACAAAUGCUUCUGUUUUCAAAUAUUAUAUUUAUGAUCUUUCAGACCUGAUUGAUUGUUGCGAUCUUGGAUAUCAUGCAAGCCUGAACAGAGCCUUAAGAACAUAUCUCUCUGCAGAAUAUAACCUUGAAACUUCACGACACGAGGGCUUGGACAUCAUUGAAAAUGCUGUUGACAAUCUAGAGCCCCGAAGUGACAAGCAGAGAUUCAUGGAAAUGUACCCUACAGCCUUCUGUCCUCCAAUGAAAUUUGAGUUUCAGCCCCAUAUGGGUGAUGAGGUUUCUCAAGUCAGUGCCCAACAGCCAGUUCAAGGAGAACUCAUGCUUCGAUAUCAGCAACUUCAGUCUCGACUAACAACAUUGAAAAUUGAAAAUGAAGAGGUUAAGAAGACAACAGAAGCUACUUCACAGACAAUACAAGAUAUGGUCACCAUUGAAGACUAUGAUGUUUCUGAAUGCUUCCAGCACAGUCGUUCAACUGAGUCUGUGAAGUCAACAGUUUCUGAGACCUACCUGAGCAAGCCUAGCAUAGCUAAAAGAAGAGCUAACCAACAGGAAACUGAACAGUUCUAUUUCAUGAAAUUCAGAGAGUACCUAGAAGGAAGCAAUCUUAUCACAAAACUUCAGGCAAAACAUGAUUCACUGCAGCGGAUUCUUGGAGAAGGUCACAGAGCAGAAUACAUGACUACAAGCAGAGGACGAAAGAACUCACACACCAGAUAUCAGGAUUUAGGACAAAUAAUCCCUCUCAUUGUAGAAAGCUGUAUCCGAUUUAUCAAUUUGUAUGGUCUUCAACACCAGGGCAUUUUCAGGGUGUCGGGCUCUCAGGUGGAGGUUAAUGAUAUUAAAAAUUCAUUUGAAAGAGGUGAAAAUCCUUUGGCAGAUGACCAAAGUAACCAUGAUAUUAACUCAGUUGCUGGAGUACUGAAGCUUUAUUUCCGAGGACUGGAGAAUUCUAUUUUUCCUAAGGAAAGGUUUAAUGAUCUUAUUUCUUGUGUCAGAACAGAAAAUCUCUAUGAGAGAGCUCUUCACAUACGUAAACUUUUGCUGACAUUGCCCAGAUCAGUCCUUAUCUUACUAAGAUAUCUUUUUGCCUUCCUCAAUCACCUUUCUCAGUACAGUGAUGAAAAUAUGAUGGAUCCUUAUAACCUGGCCAUUUGUUUUGGCCCAACAUUGAUGCCAAUUCCAGAUAUACAAGAACAAGUGUCAUGCCAGGCUCAUGUUAAUGAAAUCAUUAAAACCAUUAUCAUUCACCAGGAGAUCAUUUUUCCAGAUAGCAAGGAAUUAGAUGGCCCAGUAUAUGAAAAAUGUAUGGCAGGUGAUGACUACUGUGAUAGCCCUUAUAGUGAACAUGGUAUCUUAGAAGAAGUAGAUCUGGAUGCUGGAGCAGAAGUACACACCAGUGAUGAUGAAUGUGAUCCAAUAGAAGCUAUAGCCAAGUUUGACUAUGUUGGAAGAUCUGCACGAGAACUCUCUUUUAAGAAAGGGGCUUCACUGCUUUUAUAUCAUCGAGCCUCUGAUGAUUGGUGGGAAGGAAGACAUAAUGGAAUUGAUGGCCUUGUACCACACCAAUAUAUAGUGGUUCAAGAUAUGGAUGAUACAUUCUCAGAUACACUGAGCCAAAAAGCAGAUAGUGAAACCAGCAGUGGGCCAAUACUUGAAGACAAAUCUUCUUCCAAAGAUAUGAGUUCACCAACAGAUUUGAAUUCUGAAGUAUAUCUAGGAAGGCAAUGCAAGAGAUCUGAACUCCCACUUUCUGGCAGACGUCCUGGCAGGACCAGUGAUGGACACUGUCCAGUUCAUACACCACAUGGCCUUACUAAUUCCUCAAUGGAGUUAGUUUCUCCCAUUAUGGCAAGCCACGCUACUUCUCGAGCUGCCCUUCAGAACCACAGCCUCAGAACAGAUAGCCCAGAAAGGAGACGGAAACCUGGCCACAGCAGCCUCACCAAUAUUAGUAGACAUGAAUCUCUGAAAAAAAGUGACAGUCCUCCAAUUAGAAGAUCAACCUCAUCUGGCCAGUAUUCUGUUUUCAAUGACCACAAACCCCUUGACCCGGAGUCAAUUGCUCAGGAUAUUGAAGAGACAAUGAACACGGCUCUAAAUGAACUUCGGGAACUGGAACGCCAGAGUUCGGCAAAACAUGCUCCAGAUGUUGUCCUUGAUACCUUAGAACAAAUGAAGAACUCUCCCACCAGCACCACCUCAACAGAAUCUUUGAGUCCUCUUCACAACAUCAUGUUAAGAAAUGCCGAGCCUCAGAUUCACCGUAGCACUAGUUCUUCCAGUGAUACUAUGAGUACCUUCAAGCCCAUGGUGACACCAAGAAUGGGGGUGCAGCUGAAGCCUCCUGCACUGAGACCAAAGCCAAUAGUUCUUCCAAAAACAAACCCAAGCAUAGGCCCCUCUUCUCCUUCCCAAGGCCCUGCUGACAAGUCUUGCACCAUGUAGAACUCAAGAAACCCGAGUGCGGAGUGAACUACCAAAAGAAUGUAUCUGAUAGUUGUCUGAAUUCCAAUAUAUUAUUAGUUUAUAUUUAGAAAAGGAGAGAUUUGUUUUUUAAAAAGUCUUGAGCUACCUACUUUAACGUGGGUAUUUAAUAGGAGUUGGGUUCAAUUUUUAAACUGGAACAUUCAGUGUCUACUUUUACAGUAUAUUCUUAACACAGUUAGAGACUCAGUGAGUGCAUUUUUAUGGCAUGCUGAGCUUGAUUAGAUUGGGUUGGUGGGGUGUAGUUUAGCACAUUUCAGAAACCCACCCUAUUUGAUUAGUUUAUGAUCCAGUGUAUUGCAAAAAGGCAGAAAAUUACAUGUGUCAUGUAUGCCAUUUUAAAGCAACAGGAAUACAUACAUUUACUUGAAAUCUCCACACUGCACCUUUUCUGAUGAAAACACCACAGUCACUGCCAGCAUCACACUAAUAUAACAAUGUAUACUUGAGUAUGGCUUAUGACAUCACAAAGAAUUAUGGUUAUUUGAAAUGAAUUUGUUAAGAAAUAGGGUUUAUUUUUAGUGCUGCCUGGUUGCAGUUCAUUUUUCAGAAGGGCUGAGGCUUCUGUGUUUUAAGAAUUACUAAGCAGCCUGUCAAAGUCAAUGCAGAAAGGAGAGUCACCUUGACGUUGCCUUCUGUAGUAGCUACUCAGUAUGCAUGUGACAGUCCUAGUGCAGCUCACUGACAGGAUACGAGGAAUUAAAUUGCUUCUAGGAAACAGCAGUUUUCUAAACCAAUAGAAGUCUGUGGUCAGAAUGACAAUUGCAGUCGUCCCCUGGUUGCUAUCCAGCAGACACCUUCACUAGACUGGCCAGGAAUACUGAGAAUUAUCUUCUGACCCUGUUGAAGGACUCUAUUGAAGAAAGUGGGUUGUUUCUAAUGUUCCCACUCAAGCCAAUUGCAGGGCAAUAAAACUAGACAUUGGGCACCGAAUCUCUUUGCUAUCAAUUCAACUCAAAAACUGUUUACAUUCUUAAGAGCCACUUGUCUGGACAAGUUUUAAUUAAUCAAUAAUCUGUAGCAAAAAAUUCAUGGACAGUUGCAAACUAAUUGAAUAACGUGUUAAUACUUUAAAGCUGCUGCAUCUUCAAGAUUAUGAAACACAGUGCAUAUAGAUGAAUUGUGUUUUUGUUAGUUUAUUUAAAUUGAAUUAUCUCUUUUUCAACUGGAAUAGCUCCUUCAGUUAAGGCAAGAGUUUAUUCACAGGGCAAAACAUUGUUUUCUACUGUACUACAAUCUGAAUAAAGUGGGUCAGAACUA